UUUCGCCCUCGAGAGAACCAAAGUCUUUGUGCAUGUAACACAUGUAUAAUAGAGUAUGAGCCAUGGUUGAGUGAGUUGAUGAAAGCCUCCCCGGAGCCCUUUUUGACACCAAAAAACAAUAUCUCAGAGGAGGACUUUAAAUGGUGGAGGGGAAUACAGUUUGACAGACGUGACUUCAAUGUGUACAAAAAAACAGCGGAGAAAGUGUUUCAGAUGUUCCCUCGCAGUAUUGAUAUGCCAAAACCCAGCCCCAAUCGCUGCAGGACUUGUGCGGUUGUGGGAAAUUCUGGUAAUUUGAACGGAUCACACUACGGACCUCUAAUAGAUUUGCAUGAUACCGUCAUAAGAAUCAACGGAGGCCCGACCAAAGGCUAUGAGAGACAUGUAGGAAACAAAACCACACAUCGGGCGAUGUUUCCAAUGAGUGCUACUAAUCUGGACAACAGCACUCAUCUUGUGCUGUUCCCAUUCAAGAUAAAGGAUUUAGAGUGGCUCAUCGAUGCUUUCGCUGCAAGGUAUAGAAAAGAUACAAAUGAACAAAAAGGCUUGAAAGCUAACAAAGAUUUGGUGAUGAUCCUCAGUCCAGCUUUCAUGAAAUACGUUCAUUUGAAUUGGCUCAAGAAGAAGGGCCAAUAUCCAUCCACUGGGAUUAUGACUGUGAUUUUCAGCAUCUUCAUGUGCGAUAAGGUCAGUGUGUUCGGGUUUGGAGCAGAUAAAGAUGGAAUAUGGAACCAUUACUUUGAAGAAGUACUUAAUUUGAGUCUAAAGAGAAAAACUGGCAAUCAUCCUGGAUCGGUGGAGGCUGAAAUUAUUAAUGAACUAUUUAAGCGAAAGAAAAUUUAUUUAUACAGAGGAUGGUGAAUGUUGACAUACAGUAAGGAUCACCUACGACUUUAUUUAUAAAUUACGGUAAUUUUACCAGAAAAAAGGGCAGUUUGGUGUGGUAGUAGAAAUGAAGUAGUUUUUCUAUUUCACACAUGUUUAUUGUUAUCGCAUUUACAUGUAGGUUUGGAAACUUGUCUUAGAAUCAAGUCUAUUGUCCUUCAGUACAAGUGUUUCCUGUUUUGUAUUUA